GUGGGUCCGGCAGGGGGGAGGGUGAGGCAGGCUCGAACGAGAUUCCAACUGGUCGACGAGGCGGCAGUGGCGGCGGCGUGGGUAGCGGACUCGGGGGUGGCGGAGGAGGAAGCGUGUUGGGGGUUGGCGGUGGUGGCGGAAGCGUCGGCGGAGGGUCCGGAAGCAGGAGCGGCUCGGGGGGUGGGGGCCGAUCGAGGGACGAGCCGAGGAGGCACACCCUCGGCGGCGAUCAUCAGCCGUCCCUUCAUCAUCAGCAGUUCAACGCGGCCCAGCAGCUGCACCCCCUUCAUCCCCAUCAUCUGCCGCCGCCACACGGCCAAUACGGUACGCCGCCCACGCGUCACACCACCAUGGAUCUCGAGAUGGGGACCAAGUCUCGCCAGAGAAAGUCGCCUCUUCCGCGCGGGUACCCGCCUCCCUCUUCGACGAUGUUAUUCGAUGACGACCCGGGCAUCAUGUCCGAGGUGGAGACAUCGAGCACAGGAUUUCGACGGGGUGGCAAGCAAAGAAGCAGCCUCCCCGUCGUACGGACCCCCAGCAAGACUCUGGAGCGACCACUAGGUCUAGUGUUCCUGCAGUAUAGGAACGAGACGAAGCGGGCGCUCCUACCCAACGAAAUCACUAGCAUAGACACCGUUAAGGCACUCUUCGUCAGAAGCUUUCCCAAGCAACUCACUAUGGAAUAUCUAGACAGUCCUCACGUCAAGGUUUACAUACACGACAGCAACAAGGACAUGUUCUACGAACUCGAAGAUCUCAGGUCGCAUCUGAGAGACAUCCGAGACCGCAGCGUCUUGCGACUGUUCGAGAGUAGCGACGGUGUGACAGGGAUGCCAGGACCGCUGGGGAUACCGGGGACAGGAACGGGACUGCCUCCUCACUGGGAGGACCAGAGCUACUUCAGCGAGCCGGAAUUCGACAGCGAAUACCAGCAUCAGCAUAUUCACAAAAGCAAGACGGCGAAGAACUCGACUUCCGGGAGCAGCGGCUACUACGUCGGAGGAAGCAGCACCCUGCCACGCGGAGGACAGCUGAUGAGGGCGUACAGUCCGGCGGCGUCGUCGGUGGUCGGAGGGCCGAACGCGACACCGACCCAGCCGAAACCUCUCGCCACUCCAGAUGGUUGGAUAGGUGGUGGCGGGGUGCCGCCGGCCAAGCCGCUUCGCAGCUACCAGUGUGGUAAGAGUCCCCUUGGAAGCCUCGGGGGCUCGGCUCGCUUCUCUAGAGACAGCUCGGUCUCCCUCUAUAGUAUAGCAGAUCGAUUGCACGGGGAAAGCGGUUACAUGAGCAGUCCGGAAAGAGGCGGAGGAGUCGGCUCCGGAACUGGAAGAUACCCACCUGGCCCUUACAGCGCCGGAAGCAGCUACGAGGACCCCUACUACUCGCAGUACUCGGGAACAGUGACACCCGUCAUCGACGAGGAAGCCAGUGGGUGGUGCAGCGAUACGGAGCUGUUGGAGGAAUCGUACAGCCUUUACGGUGUGAAACCGCCAGGUCGUCCGCCGUCCGGCCCUCCGCGAUCCCCGUUUCCUCCAGGGGCGCCACCACCUUUGCCACCCGGUGGCCAGAGCUACGACGCUACUCGGAUAAGGGUAGAGCACAUGGAGAGGCAGCUGGCGAACCUGACGGGUCUGGUGCAGAAGGCCCUGACCCACGCACCGCACACCAGCCCAUCGCCCCGUGAUUACCUGCAAGUUCCCGCGGGACGCGAUCCAUACGCGAGAGGGCCAGGCGCCGGGGACGAGUUCGACAAACACUCUAGCUCCAGCUCUGCCUCAUUGCCAGUGUCUCAACCUGCCGUUACAGAUGACUCGUACUUAAGGACUGACGUAAAACCACCAAAAUUAGGCAAAGACAAGUCGGUGUCGUUUGAAAAGUCAGUGUCCUUCAGUGACGAGCCACCAGACAUGAAUUCCCCCAAGCAGCAUUCCCCGCAGCACGCAGCGGACACAAAACCAACGAAACCAGCGAUCAAAUCCUCCACGUUGCCGAGGAUGUCUUCGCAAGAGAGAGACAGGCACAAACCGACUCCGCCACCGAAACCGGCAGCGCUGGUCGGCGGCCAAUACGUCUAUCGGGACAUGGCGCUAACACCGGAAAUGUACAAUCAACUGCGCGGCCUGCAGAGAAAGGCGAAGGACUUGAAGCAGGAAGUGCGAAAUCUGAGGCGCAUGUCUCAAACCCAGGCGCACACCAUACGGGAGACUAUAUUGGACACGUUCUUCACCAUCAGAACAAUGUUGCUGUCGUGCGGUGACGCAGCCUGGGACGCGGAGAAGAUUCGACUGAGCCGCGAGGAAGACCUCUACAGGCAGGAGAUGCUGAGGCUGGUAAAAGAUCUGACCGAGCUGGAGAACACGGUGGAGGAACUGCGUGGCAACGUCAUCAACAGGAAGACGAGGGUCAACAUGUCGGACGUGGAAAACAUGGCCUUGAUAAUGAGCAAAUCCAGCAAAACGGUGGCUGAUCUGAAGGUGCGAUUCCCGAGUCUUCAGGAAGGUAUGAAGGGUUUGUUGAGUUCUGAGAUGGAGAUGGUCGUACGAGCGGAGAAGUUCCUCAAGGAGGAGCCAGAGCGACUGGAGUCGGCGUUGAAGCGUUGCAAAAAGCUCACCAGUACCCUCGUGACGCUCAAACGUUUGGCGUCGGUGCAGGAGCAGCGAUUACCAAACGCAGCAGCGAGCGUAGACGCCGAGGAAACGCCACCGAUAACACCGACCUCCGCUCAACAUUCCAAGGCAGCUGCCCCUGUGCCAGCGGAACGCACUGUCGUGGGGUCAGCGAGCGUCAUCGGGGGAGGGUCCCACCCUCACGAGCCACCCGCCGCCCAUCAGCAGCGUCCGGAGAACGCACUCGACGCUCUGUUAGACGAGCUGCAGACGUUCUCCAGGCCGAGCUCGCAGCAAGGCCACACGACCCAAGGAUCCACGACGAUGCUCUCCGAGCUGGGCAGGUCAUCAUCAGGAAGCAGAGGGGAGGCAGCUGGAGCGUCCACGGCGCUGUCGACGACCGCUCGGCCGCCGUGCAUCUCGGACAUAGGGAGGAAAGGGAGCGUGGAUUCGUCGAGCGGCGCAACGUUGCUGCCAAACGUCGCCGGGACGCUGGUGACGCCGGCAACGGCAGCCGGCGGGCCAGGGCCGCCAAAUGCCGGCGGAAUGCUUCGCAGAUUGCACUCUUACCCGUCUAGCUCCGACACGGACACGUCGCCGCCGAUAGCGAGACUUCAGGUAUCGCUGCAGGAACAACCGAGUCUGCCCACGCUGCCGCAGGGAUUCGUCCCCGGGCAGAAACCACCGGUGCCAGAGAGAAACGCGGAGCUGCUCCAACUGGCCAGCGCCAGGAGAGUCCCGCCGCCUCCGCCACCGCGCACCAGCUCCAGAUCUCCCUUGGCCAGCCCGACCAGCCCUCAGCUACCACCUAGAAACCAUUCUUACAAUUUACAGAGCGGCAACGCCACGCUGCGAAGGCCACCACCGGCGCGUGGCACUCUUCCCGUCAAAGAGGGCAAGCCACCGAUGGCUCUACCCACCGAACAACAACCCGCUCCGGUGUCCAGCUCCGCCCUCGACGGCGUCGUCGUCGUCGCCGCCGCCGCCGCAGCGGCGCCCAGCCCCCCGGUGCUUCACAACAACUCGACCAGCUCUCAGUCGUCGGCCGUGCUCUCCACCAGCAAUUCCAGCUCCUGCGAGAGCGUGAACUCGCAGGAGGGCCUGCAGAGCAAGAAGGGUAGGCAGGAGCAGCUGGAGCAGCGGCAUCAGGAGCUGCUGCGUAAGCAAAAGGCUCUGCAGGAACAGUACGCCAGGCUGCAGCAGCUGCAGAGGAACACGGCCGGUCUCACGACCAUUCCACCCGCGCCGCCGGAUCUUUUGAAGAAGACGGGCUCCGAGAGCAACCUGUUGGCCAAGAUGGGACUGGGACUGAGCACUGCCAGCUCCGGAUCGUUGACUAGUUUAACCGUCAAGCCAGCGUCUGUCGUCCAGGAGAUGUCCGUGGACGGGCCUCUUCGUGCGCGACACGAAGGGGAGUCGAACGAACAGCAGCAACAGCAGACGACGAACGCGUCGGUGAACGUCGUCUCCACGUCGAGCGUCGUCGGCACCGGUACGUCGAACACCACCAUCAGCUCCAGCGAAUCCAACGGUAGUCAGGCAGCGAUCGCCUCAGCAACGAUUUCCACCGCGGUGACGAUGACGGCGGCGGCGGCGGCGGCGGCGGCAGCGGCGGCGGUGUCCAACGCCGCGAGCACGACCACCACGACCACCACUAGCAAGAUCUACGAGACGGAUAUUCUGUGACCGAGAAGCCGUUCGUUGCUCGAGGCGAGAGUAAAAGUGGAGAGAGCCGCCGGGGUCGUGCUCGCGAGUUAACUGCCGAGUUUCACGGCAGCGAGGAAAAAGAAAAUGAAAGAGGAAGGAAGGAAGGAAGGAAGGAAGGAAGGAAGGGAAAAAGAAAACUGGAGAACGAACGAGAGCGCCGAUCGUCGUCGAAGGUUUAGAUGGCGAGCGAGGAGAUCUCGCCGGCUGGAAACAGCGUAGAGAGCAGCGUAGAGAACUUAGCGAGUCACGCGUAAUUUAUAAUAUCGAUUAUCAUAAUUAAUAACGAUAUAUAGUAUUACUAAUCGUAAACGAAAAGCGCUCUCCCUCCCUCUCUCUAAUGUCGGAACACAUAAUCCGGACGCAUAAAAUAAUCCCCGUAGAGGGAGGGGGGCGAAGCAGCGAGACUGAGAGCGAUCUCCUCGCGAUUCGUUUAAAAGUAAGGAAAGUUUGACGAUACGAACGAUCGAGUUCCUGUCUCGGACAGGAUAGCAACACAGUAUCGUCGAGCGCGUGUCGACCAGUGGCAGCGACGAUUGUGCCAAAACGGAGAGCGAAAGCCACCACGACACGAACCACACGAACCACACGAACCACGCGACUCCGUCAUCGUCAUCGUCAUCGUCGCUCUCUUCCCUUUUCACUCGCGUUUCCCACCUCGAGCCAAGCUCUCCGCUACAACUCGAAGCGAACAAACCCGAUGAUCUUUGUCGCUUAUGAUGAUCGUCGGUGGUCGUCGAAUUAUCGCGCAUACGUAUGAAUAUACCUAACUAUACACGUACCUACGAAAGAGGAACGACAAAUUUAUAUACACGAAACGCCAGAGGGUAAGAUGAAAUUUCUACAUAUAAACGAGUAUUUAAGCGAAUAAUAGAGUUAGAUUGAUAGAGAAGUCAGGCGAACGUAAUACGCAGCUGCGUCGCGUCGGAUAUUCCAGCGAACGAACGAUUAUUCCUGUCUAAUAACGGUAACGGCCGGCUAACGGUACGAACUCGUGCAAAGUGCUAACGAAGCUGUAUCUCUCCGUAUAUUUACCUGUAAGUCACGGUGUGUGAAAGAUUCUUCGUAUGUUUCUAAGUAGCUUUCGUCGGAAAUAAUAAUAAAAAAAAAAAAAAGGAAAAAAAAAAAGAAAAGAAAAAAAGAUGUAACCUCGGUGGGAAACGCGAGGGUGGAGAACGACAUCCUUAUCUCUCGUGUCGUUGGACGCGUCACGAUCUCAACGGGUUUUUGUUUCCACUACUUGUCUUGGGACAAGAGUUCCGGUAUGUUGGAAUCAAAUUCUUCGACAAAUGGAAAUCCCUAGCGGAGAAGAUUGAUUUUUCGACGGACAGUGGCAAGAUUGAAAGGAACAUUGCUCAAUAUUUACCGAUCGAAAAAUGCAGCGAGUGUUGCUUGCGUGGCGUUUUCGAAACCGCUCGCCGAUUCGUUUCGACAGUUCGAAGUGAAAUCUCAACAAGUGAGAUCGGUCUGUAAAUUAUUAUUCGACGAUGUACCACGCAAUCGAAUCGAUCGAUUCGAGUUCGAUUCGACUCUGCGAAUUUGCCGUUUCUCUAAUCGAUCGAGCGCAACUAAUCGUCGAGCUCCAGUUGGAGUCGAGAUGUUGUUGGAACGAUUCGCCGCGCUGUUUCGCGCCAAACGUUCAUUCCUAAUUCGAUUAGCCAAUUAAAUUGAUUCACACACGUCGGUUCGUUGAUAGAGCAUAUCGCAGUUAUCACGCGCGAAUUUUACAUUUCUGUCAGCUUUCGAGAGACCAUGUCCGUGUGAUCUCUCGGUAAACGUGUCUGCGUUGAAGGGAACACGCAGGAAGCGCGAGAAAGGAAAAUGUAUGCGAAUGUAGAGAAUGACGACGAGAUACGUAACACGUAUUAGGUAAUAAAGUUGCCAGCGUAGAGUACACGCUGCUUUUGUUAUCGGGAUCGUAGAGAGAUGUCGGGUCAGCGAUGAGCUAAAGAAACGGGGUAACAACCGUGCUUCCCAAUGCUCGACGAAAAUUAGAGAGACACGCAACACAAACAUACACACUACUCAUACACACGCGCGCGCGCGCGCGCGCGCGCGCAUUUAUAUAGCCGAAAUGCGCAUACUUUGCUUCGAGAGGCCUAAUAGCCGAUAGGUUCGAUUCCGUGCUUCUUCCUUUCCGUUUUAUUUUCCGUUUCAACUCUCUCGACUUACUGCUUGCCGCGGGUCUUUUUCCUUUCUUUCGUCGUCGUUCUUCGAUAGUCGAUUAGUAAAAAAAUUUCGUCUACUAUCGCCGAUCGUAAUCGUGGCUCUCUUAUUUAUUUUCUACGUACACCAUGAAAACGCAUCUAUAUGGAAGUAAUAAUUAAUAUACAUGUAACGAUAAGAAGUAAUAUGAGUAAGAAUAUGGAUAAUAACGAUCGAUCACACAGUAUUCAGUUGCGAGUGUUUAUCAAAGCAUUAAACGAUCAAGACAGUACACGAUCCCAACGAACAAGCACUUCUCGUUCGACCUUCAAAGUCGGGCCUGUAUAUUGUUCCAUUCACACGACAAGUAGGUACUUACAUGCAAUCUCCAGUCGCAUAAUUUGCAUUUGUACAAAGCUGCUUUCUCUCAACGCGCACCUCUUUGUUUCGUAUCGAUUCGAAUAUCCUCCUCCUGGCCCCCUUCCCUUCCCUCUCCCUCCCUUGCGCUCUUCACCCGUUUCCUCCCCCCGAGUUCGUUUACUCUCACGGAAAUAUAUACGUUUCCUACUUUGCAUGACCAAAUCGCAUCCUCUCAUCCUUCGAAAACCAGCUCACGGUCCAUGGUCUGUCGUUCAUGGAUCGAGUCAUCCCCAAUCGAGGCAAUAAUUUCUCCCUCGAGAGGCGUGGAAUCUCGACCGCGAGACCCGAAUCGAUUCAGUUACUUCCAGAACGUUAGCCAAUAAUUGAUAUGUAAUGUUUUCCGACGAUCCUGUACGCCAAAUCGAAUUGACUUGUUACAUUUGUAAAUGUUUGUAAGUAACUAUCACGUAAUAAAAUAAUCGAUUAAUAAUCAUCGAAA